GUUACGUAACGGGCGGUGGCGGCCGGGCGGAGCGGCGGCGCGGGCUCGAAGCAGGGAGGCGGGGCUGGCGGGGGAAGGGGCGCGGCCGCGGCUGAUUGGCCAGCGGCGGCCGGGGCGCGCGCGGGCCCUUCAGCCUGCGGAGGGGCGGCCGUGGGCCACAGUUGACGCAUGCGCAGCUGGACCCCGGCUCUUCGCCAUUGCUUUGCGCAGUUCCCGUUUUGGCCCGGCCCGGCCCAGUCUCCGGUGUGCAGGGGGCCUGCUUAUUUCAGGGUAGCGAAAGAAUGAUGCUUCCGUUCUUUUAGCGGAGCGUCGUGUUCACUUUAAUAUGGUGCUGUCCCCUGGCUGCUGUCGGAAAGGCCGCGCCGUCGGUCGUGUUUGCUCAGGGUGAAAGCAGAUAAAACGCGGGUGCAGGUGUGCCCGGAGCAGGAUAUCAGCAAGGCUUUUGGCUCCAGGCUCUACCUUGAAAGAGAAGCAGUUGAUGUUUGGACUGGGUGUGCAGACAAUGACCUCAGGUGAAUGGCCAGGCCCAGAAGAUGGUGACACAUGACACAAGUCUAGUUGGAGACCAGCAUAAUUACAGAAAGACCUACAUAUGAUCCUCCCUACACUGCUGAUAUUUCACGUGCAUCACCUUUCCUGGCAGUAGAUAUCCCUUCUUUUCCUUAAGUGAUGGAGAGAUAAUUUCUGCUGCAAAGGACCACCCCAAGGAGGUCUCUGAAGAUAAACCUGUAAAAUCUGUGAAUCUGCGGGUGCACAGAGAGCAAUCGAAUACCAAACGAAUUGUGCACAUUCAUGUUCCUGUGCUGGAUGUAAAUGAAUUGGCUGAACGAACACAGUCGGGGAGAGACAGAGAUCUGACUCCACUGUUUUCCUCACCUGCUACUCCUGUGGACAACCCAGACAUUUUUCUGGCAACAUCCUGUCUUCCGCAGGAGCUUCACGACCCACUCCCGUCUGCUGACACGCGGGCUUCAUUUUCUGGUGUUGCAGCAAAAAAUGUGCCGCCUGUGCUGGAAAUGGGAUCUUCCACUAUUUAGCAAGGCUUUGCUGAAUGAGUCAUCAAAGCCGGCUGGUAUUGGCUGGGCUGUUUUUCAGAACUGAACCAAACAUUCCUGUGAGUUGAAGACCCUCUUCAUGUCUUUCUUCGGAAUGAAAAUCAGUUGUGAAAGAAAAGACGUCUAUUAAGCCUGUUUUGGACAUCAGAAAAAUACUUUUCUUCACACAUAGGAAGUGAUUUGCAGUGUUCACAGCCUUUUGUUGAAAAGGGUCCUUCUCAUUUGUGUGAGUCAUGCUUUUGCUGUGAGCGAGUUGGCAGCUCUAAGCAGGACUGAGAUCUCAGUCACAGAAAACUGUUACUUCACUCAACCUUAACAAGGAACCAAAAGAAAUUUCUUAAAAAUAUACAUUUUUUCAUUUAUGCUUACACUCUUUUUCUUUUUUACCCUAAUUCUUGUUAACCUUCCGUGCCGUUAUGAAUUGCUUGCUAUGUUAGUACAAGCAUCUCCUGCAUUGGCAUCAGAUUUGCCAGAACAUAUGCAGGAAAGCAGAUAGAAGGGCAUGCUUCAACGUACCAAGUAUAACCGCUUCAGGAAUGAUUCUGUGACAUCUGUUGAUGAUCUUAUUCACAAUUUGCCCAUGAACAGCAAGGUCUCAGCAGUUGCUACAACUUCAGCUUCACCUUCGUACCUGGUCUCACCAGAGGUUCUCCGCAAGGACCAAGAAGAUGGACCCACCACCCUGUGUACCCUCAUCCAUAAAGUGUCCCACUUGAAACUCUCUAGCACGGGCAGCCUUUUGGGGAUCAAAAACCUCUCCUCUGCAGUGAAGGAGCUUGCUGUCUCCAAAUUGCAGGGAAGCUCGAGUGCUUCUAGUUCAGCAGCAGGGGCUUCAGACAACACAUGUAACCUUGUCUCUGCCACUUCGUGUUCUCAGCAGGACGUGAGCAAGAUGAGUAUGGGGAAAAAAGCAUGGUCAGAGGAAAUGCACCUGGGAAGUGAAGAUUGGAAUCAAACUAGCAGUUUUGUCAAUAAAUCCUCUCGAGGAUGGCUGCACUCGAGUGAGAAGAUCCUGGGACCUGGUGUGACGUACAUUGUGAAGUACUUGGGCUGCAUAGAAGUCUUACGGUCAAUGAGAUCUCUUGACUUCAGUACUAGAAUGCAGGUUGCAAGGGAAGCAAUCAGUCGUGUUUGUGAAGCCAUGCCUGGUGCCAAAAGAGCCUUCAAGAAACGAAAGCCACCAAGCAAAGUCCUUUCUAGCAUCUUGGGAAAGAGCAAUCUUCAGUUUGCAGGAAUGAGCAUAAUGUUGAAUAUCUCCACCAGCAGCUUAAAUCUAAUGAAUCCAGAUACAAAACAGAUCAUAGCAAAUCACCAUAUGCAAUCUAUCUCCUUUGCGUCUGGAGGUGAUCCGGAUACUUCAGACUAUAUUGCAUAUGUAGCUAAGGAUCCUGUUAAUCGUAGAGCUUGUCAUAUACUGGAAUGCUGUGAUGGCCUGGCCCAGGAUGUCAUCAGCACCAUAGGGCAAGCAUUCGAGCUUCGAUUUAAGCAGUACUUGCAAUGCCCCUCUAAGACACCUACUUUAUCUGAUAGGAUGCAGAGUUUUGAGGACCCAUGGACAGAGGAAGAGAACGAGGCAACAGAGCAUCCCUAUUACAACAAUAUCCCAAAUAAAAUACCUCCCCCUGGCGGAUUCCUUGAUGCCAGGCUCAAAACAAGGCUUCUCACUGCUGCAGACACAGCUCAGUCUGCAUCAAGAAUUGGAGGAGAGCAAAUUUAUUAUCAGAGCCAUAACUUAGGAGAAAAAUUCAGUGAAGAAUGGCAUCAAGGACCUGUUAAACAAGGAUCUCUGGAUAUUUGUAGUAUGUCAGAAGAGAAAUCAGAAGUAGCACCAACAGGAGAGCUGCCAAUAUAUGUAAACACCCAGCAUAUAAAUAGAGAAGAUCUAGUGGCACUUCAGGCAGAUGCUGAAAGUACCUUCAGUGGAACAGUAGAGGAUGCUGAAGCAAACAGCCCAGGAAAGGAUCUGUUUGACAUGAAACCAUUUGAAGAUGCUCUCAAGAAUCAAACAUCUGAGGUUAUGUUGAAGAAAUCCACCUCCACCAGUCCUCCUUUAUCCAGAGUAGCUGUCCGGACUGAAGCUGAAGAGCUGAGUGCAGAGCCAUGGUAUCAAGGAGAGAUGAGCAGGAAAGAAGCAGAACAGCUAUUAAAGAAAUGUGGAGAUUUCCUUGUGAGGAAGAGUACCACGAAUCCCGGCUCCUAUGUGCUGACAGGCAUGCACAAAGGACAAGCCAAGCAUCUUCUUUUGGUGGACCCAGAAGGAACUGUUCGUACAAAGGAUCGUGUCUUUGACAGCAUAAGUCAUCUCAUCAACUAUCACCUUGAGAAUAAUUUGCCUAUAGUUUCUUCAGUGAGUGAACUCUGCCUGCAACAGCCUGCCGAAAGAAAACACUGAUUUGAGACAACUCUUUUAGUUAUUGCAAUUUGCAAACUAUAACUGGUAGAAAUUGCAGAUCUGAAAGGAAAAUGUACAUUAACCACCCCCCUACACAUAUUCACAUACAUUUCACAAGUAUGUUUUAUUUAAGUUUAAGAAGCCCCAUUUCAUAUGGUCCACUUGAACAUUUUCAAUGCUUUAUGUGACAUGAAAUCACAUCAGAAGCCUUUCUUAAAAGAAAUUUCAACAAAAUUGCUCAGAUUCUCUAAUGUGAAUGUUGAUAGUGUAUAUACACAUUAUAUAUAUAAAUACAAUAUAUAUUUAUAUUUUUCAAGUCAGCCUGUUGACAGUUUAAAACUAUCUUCUGUGCCAUGUGUUUUUACCAAAAGAAAAAUAACAAGUGUGAUUGUUCAGAUAAAAAAAUAGAAUCCAGCAGUCUCAAUUUCUUGAGAAAUUUAAUAUUACAAAUCUUAUUUCUGAUUUUACCUAAGAAGCACAACUAUGGGGAUUACAGAUGGAUUAUGCUAGUUAACCAUGGAAGGAAUCUGAAUUCAGUAACUAGUAUUCCAACUCAGAAAUUUAGCAUAAAAUGUUUUUUAAAAUCAUUAUUCACUGUCACUGAUAUCAAAAGGAUUUUAUCUUUCUGACGUCAAGUUUGAAUUCUUAUAUGAUGCUAUUCAAAACAUUUGUAUCUUACUUUAACAAUGAUUUGGUGUGAUCUCUAUGUGUACGAGGUGUGUGUUUUGAUUUUUCUAAUGAUAUUGUAACAGUAUACUGUAACUUCAAUUUUUUAAUUUCAGUGCUAAGGUUAUUUAUAAGUAGUUCUCUGCUUAUGGUGAAGAUCUAGGUGUCCUUGAACUAACAGUCUCAAACGAGAUGUUGCAUAUUGAUUAGACAAGUUCAAAUAACUUUUGUUUAAUAGGCUUAAUAUGAGAUGUACAUGACUGUUCAAAGACAUAUCUGAAAAAUCUUUUCUUCUUGUAAGCAGUGAAAACUAUCUGAACUCAGUGGUCAGUUUUGCAAAUGAUGUCACUUGCAUUUACUUGCCAAAGCAUAACUUCAUUUUGGCCUUCAGCAAGUGAUAGCUAUUGGAAAUAUACUGUUUUUCUCUAAAUAUCAAGUUAAAAAAACCCACAUACAAUAAAGACACAUUUCUGGCAGCAAUGCCCUUGACUUUUGGUACUGGGAAAUGCUUUAAGGGAUGUUUGUACUGUCCACAUUUAAACAUUAUAUAAAGUUAUUUUCCCAUUCAAUGAAUCUUAUUAUGAGUCAAAUUCAAUAGACACAGUUCCUGUAAAUGCAAUGCUUGUGCCAGAGUCAAGAUUUAGCCUUCAGCAAUCCAAGUCUUCUCUAGCACUAGUCUCUCAAAUCAAAUCUUCAGACUUGAUUCAUAAAAACUCAGCAGGGUAAGUCUAGGUUAAGUACCUGCCUAUCCUGCAGUAUACUUAAAGUUACAUUUGGUUCUAACAAUUUGCUAAGUUAAAAAAUUUGUCAAACUGUAAUCAAACUGACUGAAGAAUUCACUUAGAAUAUAUUGAGCAGGACUAUCAUAUUAAAAUUCUGAAAUAAUUUUCUUGUAGCUUCUGCUUUUAAAUAUGAAGUUGCAACUUGAAAGUUUGAUUUUGAGUAAUCUCAAAACUGAAAAUUAUUGUGACACCUAAGACUAAUCAUGCACCUAUGUAAAAAUACACUUGAUUCUGUAAUUAGGACAUCCAGAAGCCAAAGAUAUUAGUGAACCAAAUGCUUGUGAUUAAUUUUACUAAAUAUAGUUAUUAUUUGAUAUUUCUAGGUCUGAAUGGGAGCUGAGAGAUAAGGAGAGCAACUAAAUGCUGAAUUCAACCCAGAUCAGUAUGGUACUGAGUUUGAAGGAAUUACUGAAAUUUUGUUUUACUAGGCUGGGAGUGGCAGGGAAAUAGGAACAGAUCUUAUAUGCCAAAGUAGUAUUGACCAAAAUGACUUUGUUUGAGAGUCUCACAAAAUGAUUUUACUUACCCAUGUCUCACCAUUUUCCAUUAGAUUAUCUUAGCUGCCACUAUUUUUUUCAUAUAUAAUGCUUCUUAUUCCAUGCUCUAACCUUUCUGUAGCCAUGUUCUGGAAAGUUUUCACUGUGAUAUCACUACCUAUAAGAGAAGGUGUCUUUGAAUAUUGCAUAUCAUUUCAGUAAAAGUCUGCUGCAUAACCCUCUUAGGUGUCUUCAAGAAGACCACCUGCUCCCUAUGUCUAUUUUGGAUUCCUAAAUAUCCUGGAAAAAUGUGACAAGAUUUAGGUGUAUGAAUUUAAGUCACUAAACAUACAUCAAAAUAGAUGUCUCAAUUUUUUUACCACUGUCCUAGCUGUAGCUUUAAUAACUUAGCAGCCACUUAGCUGCAUGUUUUGGAAAUUAAAGCUGAUGCCAAGGAGACACAAAAUGAAACUUCUUGACAGAAAUACUAAAUUUCCCAGACUAUAUUUCACAAACUGUGCCUCUGGGGGAAUGUGGCUAUUUUGAGCUGCUCUGUCAGCACAGCCAAUUUGCCCAGCUCAGCAUAUCCACUGGUGAUGCAAAGGUUACAUACAUCGAUGCAAUGUGGCCCGAGAUGGCAAUAGUGCCACUGCACUCAACAGUGCCCUGCCCACACCACGGGCCAGCAGAUCCUGCCUGGCCACACGUGAGCAUACAGAGGCUUUUCUGCAUCGCUGGGAGCCACACAGACUCACAACUGCUCAGAAAGGAAGAGCAUGUGUGCCGCUCAGUACUCCAUUUGUUGAUCCAGCCGUGUUUUUGUCCCUGUCACUCUGGUAGAUUUGGCUUUCUCCUUUAUGAAAAAGGCAAAUAAACUGUAAAGCUGUUUGGACAGCAGCUCCAAACCAGUUGUCAUUAGACCAGUUUUAAACUGAUUUCAACAAGAACUAAUUGAACCUGCUAGAGUGGCUGGGCUCACUUCUGUGAGGAGCCAACACUGCCACCAACUUAAGAGAAGUAAAAGUAAUAAGACAGGUUUAAAUGUUGUGAAAUUAGCUGAAAACCUGACAACUGACAGCAUAAUAAUAUGAGUCUUUUAAUGUUCACCGUUGGUUUGGAGUACCUCACCUAUUUUAUUAUUUUUUAUGCAAUCUCAAGGACUAGACAUUUGCUUGUGGUACUUCAGUACCUGACUUCAAGAAGUGGGAUUUUACUGAAUGAAAAACAUUUCUAGACUCAAUAGAAAUCACUGAGAUUAGGUGAUAUUAUAGUAUCUUUUAAUGUUUUUCCAACAAAUAGCUGAGAAGUCAGAACUGGAACUCUAAAUGUCCUGCAAGACUGUCUACACUGCUUUUGAGUCUAUCUAUCUGAUCUGGUCAUGUUGCAACUAUAGGAAUGAAUGGCAAUGAAAACACAUUCAAUGACUUUAAACAAAGACCAAUUACAUGUGAACCACAUGAUUUUGAUUACUUUUUAUUGCAGAACUAGACUAAUUAUUAAGUUAAUAAAAUUCACCCGAUGUUGCUGGCAGUGGUAGGCUGCACAUCUAGGUACCAUCACGUUUCCAAAAUUUCAUUAUUUCAGAUGCUUCAGAAGAAAUGAAACCUGAAAAUAUGGUUUGAAAACAGAAUUACCUUCUGACAAAUGGGAGUUUGCUCAGAGUGAGAAGUUGCAGCUCCCCUUUCCUUAAUGCAAGAAGAGAAUGUUCAAACUA